CGCUGGCGCAGAGCGGCUCAGGCGGACCGGACGGGGCGGGCGCCCGGCAGGCAGCGCAGUACCUUCCACCGCGCGCAGCCCGCCAGGGACCUUCCACGCGAGUCUGGGGUCGUGGCCGCGAGCCCGUUCUGCUCCCGUGAGACGGCACUGCUGGCUGCCCGGUGACCAUCCACGAAGAUGAGCGCCUGUGGGAGGAAAGCCCUGACCCUGCUGAGCAGUGUCUUUGCUGUCUGCGGCCUGGGCCUGCUGGGCAUCGCCGUCAGCACGGACUACUGGCUGUACCUGGAGGAAGGCAUCAUCCUUCCCCAGAACCAGAGCACAGAGGUCAAGAUGUCCCUGCACUCAGGCCUCUGGCGGGUCUGCUUCCUCGCUGGUGAGGAGCGAGGACGCUGUUUCACCAUAGAGUAUGUGAUGCCCAUGAACUCCCAGAUAACGUCAGAGUCCACAGUCAAUGUUCUAAAAAUGAUUCGCUCAGCCACCCCGUUCCCACUUGUCAGCCUCUUCUUCAUGUUCAUCGGGUUCAUCCUGAGCAACAUCGGGCACAUCCGUCCCCACCGGACCAUACUGGCCUUUGUCUCUGGCAUCUUCUUCAUCCUCUCGGGCCUCUCUCUUGUGGUGGGCCUGGUACUGUACAUCUCCAGCAUCAAUGAUGAGAUGCUCAACAGAACCAAGGAUGCAGAGACCUAUUUCAACUACAAAUAUGGAUGGUCCUUUGCCUUUGCCGCUAUCUCCUUCCUUUUAACAGAGAGUGCUGGGGUAAUGUCUGUGUACCUGUUCAUGAAGAGGUAUACUGCCGAGGACAUGUACAGACCUCACCCAGGCUUCUACCGGCCACGCCUGAGCAACUGUUCCGAUUACUCUGGCCAGUUUCUACAUCCAGAUGCCUGGAUCCGGGGCCGCAGCCCCUCAGACAUCUCCAGCGAUGCCUCCCUACAGAUGAACAGCAACUACCCAGCUCUGCUCAAGUGCCCGGAUUACGACCAGAUGUCAUCAUCUCCCUGCUGAGCCCUGGUCUCCUCCCCACCUGAACUUUGGAUGGCUGGACAGCCUUGCCCUUCCCCUGAGCCAAGGCCCAGGCCAUUCCCUGCUUAGCCAUUGUUACUUGACCACAUCCUCUCCCUGCUCCCAGAGUAGCUCUUCCUUCAGUGGGUAUCAGAGCCUGGAGUCACAGGCAUGCUGAUUGGCUGAGGGCAUGGGUGAAGUCCUGCCUCUAGAGUGCCAAUCAUAGCCAUGGGCCCCUGGGGAUCCAGCAGCACCCCUUACUGUGCUGUGUCCGAAGAUGCCCAUGUUCUAGUUGUAUUUUAUUCCUGCACUUCCGGGUCAGCCAAGGCCAUGCUGGAGUUGCCGAGUUUCUGAUGAUAUAGACAAAGCCAGACUUGAACACUUGCCAACCAGCCUGGCUCUCCAUCCAUGAUCUAUGCGUGAGGCCAAAAGGUGAUUCUGUUCCAGUGGUCUGGCUGGCUCAGAAACCUCAAGCAAACAGUUCCUUGUGAGACACUCUAUGCUUUUAUGUCUUCGGCCUCCCUCCACAAAACACAGUCUCUGUGUGACACUGCCCCCAAGGCCCUGGACUUUCUGUCUUUCAUCCUUCCAGAAUGCAGCUGCCCUGGUCAGGGACUAAGGUAAGUACUCAGCGGUGCCAAUGAAGUCACAGAGGUGUUAACGGCUGAAGAUGUCUUAAUACACACGGCCCCUUGAUAAGGUAUUUCACAGGGGCUUUUGAUGCCUUAACCCAAAGAAGUGACUGAUGACGAGAACCCCAGGAUUUGACGAUUCUGUGUUCAGAGCUCCAAGCACUGUGUCCCACCCUGGGGGCAUUGUCCCUGACUUCAAGGACCAUAUUUCCAUCCAAGGCUCUAAGAUCUAAUCAUGCAGACAGGUGUCUGUACCAACUAAGGACACUGUAGCUGCAAGCCAGGUUUAACGACACAGUGCAUUUUGAGCCCAAACAAGCCAGAUUCCAGAUGAUCCAGCUGCCUUGCCAAGGAUGCCUGUGAACAUUUGGGGGUUGCCAAUUUAAUCCUAAUAUGGGGAAGCAUCUGCUUCCCAGUUAUUUGACAUAUGUGGGCAAAUCACAUGCCUCCAGAAGGCAGACAAUGCGACAACCAUUUUCCUGAUGGGGAAGCUGAGCAGGGCGGCGGCAAGCAGCUUCUGGGAAGUCCGUGAACCCCCCCACAGUUCUCCAGGUGUCCGCCCAGCUUGACCGUGCUUCUUUCUGGGAGUUCUGAGUGGCGAGCCAAUGUGGGACUCUCUUUGCUGUGUAUUUUUGCCGUGCUCACUUUUGCCUCGCUCUCUUCAAGAUGCCAAAUGUCCCUGAGCACACAAAGUCACAGUGGGUAACUGGCAGGCUCUGGCAAGUGGCACAGGAAACCACACAGCUGGGGCCUACAGAGGGGCACUGACUCAGUCAGCUUGGAAGAGGCCGUAAGUUCAAGAUCAAGUUGUCAGAGGGCUGAUCUGUGGGACAUUUCCUCCACGCGUAGAGAUGGCCACCUUCUUGUUGUGUGCCCAUGUGCCUCUGAUACUUUAUUUUCUCUGGUACAUCCAAAUUACCUCUUGAAAGGACACCAGGGGCUGGGGACAGUAUCUCAGUUGGUAGAGUGCUGAUCUAGCAUGCAUGAAGCCCUGGAUACAACUCCUAACCCUACAUAUUCCAGGUGUGGCGGCACACAUCUGUAAUCCUAACACUUGGGAUGUAGAGGGGUUGUUCAAGGUCACUCACCUACAAGCUAGUUUAAGACCAGCCUGGGCAACAUAAGACACUCUCCCAAAAAAUUUUAAGACAUCAAUUAUGGGUCAAAGCUCAUUCCAAUAAAGUUGAUGAUCACAA